AACCCAAUCUUCAUUCCAAACACAAAACACACACACCACACACACAUUCAAACACACUAAAACACACACUUUCAAUAUUUCUUGUUAUUUCUCUUCUGAUUUCUUUAAUUUUCUUUUGUAAUCCCCCACUCUUAUUUCCCCGCUUCUGAUCAUCCCUUUCUGUAAAUCAUCUGUCUGUCAACAGCAAAAAAAUUGAUUAAUUUGGGUUUGUUUUUUCAAGAUUUUCAACAAAAGGCAAGCUUGAUUUGAUUUUAGUUUUUUUUCUCAUAAAACAGAGUCAGGUGUUUUCAGAAUAGAGAUCCAGCUUAUUAAUUUGGGUUCUAUUUCUUUUUAUUUUUGUAAAUCUUGUUUUUCCAUCAUCUAAAUCACACCUUUUUGGGUUAGUUUUUGUCCCCUUGAGGUUGAUUUUGUUUUAAUCUUUUCGGGUUUGAUUAUUUAUCAAAAACCCCAGUUUUCCCCUGUUUUUUUCUUGGGAAAAUCUUGAUAUUUUUUCUUAUAAAUAUUUGUUUUUAGUUUUUAUAAAAUCUUAUAAAAAAUGGCUUCUGCUGUAAUGGAAUUUUGGAGUGUUGAUAAUAUGCAAAGAUUCACUGGAGGUGAUCUAAUGGAUGCACUUGAGCCUUUUAUCAAGCCAGAUUACCAAAAUACCCCUCCUUCCUCUUCUCCUUCUACUUCUGACCCAUGCCCUUUUUCGUCUUUUUCUUCUUCUUCUACCUCUUCUCCUUCGCAAGAAUCCGGGUUUUACCCGGAUCUCUAUUUCCCAACCCAACAACCCGUUUCAUCAUUCGGGUUGAACCACCUAACCCCAUCUCAGAUCCACCAGAUCCAAACCCAAAUCAACCUACCGGGUUACAACAACUACUUGGGUCCGAAACCCGUACUCAUGAAACAAGUCAAGUCAGAUCCCAAACCCACGAAGCUUUACAGAGGUGUGAGGCAAAGACACUGGGGAAAAUGGGUCGCCGAGAUCCGUUUACCCAAAAACCGUACCCGGCUUUGGCUGGGUACUUUUGACACAGCCGAAGAAGCCGCGCUGGCUUACGACAUAGCCGCAUACAAGCUGCGUGGCGACUACGCGCGCCUCAAUUUCCCUCACUUGCGCCAUAACGGCUCCGAUUUCAACGGCUACAAGCCGCUACACUCUUCCGUCGACGCCAAACUGCAGGAAAUUUGCCGGAAUCUCGCCGACGGGAAGAGCAUCGACGCCGGAAAGAAGAAAAGUUCCCGGCGGUCUGCGGCGGUGAAAAAGUCGCCGGCGGUCGAGAAGCCGGAAGUUGUGAAAGUUGAAAGCUCGGAGAGUGUUGGCUCCGGCGGCUCGUCGCCGGCGUCGGAGCUGUCGUUGCCGGAGUUCACAGAGGAAGAAAGCGCGUGGUGCGCGUUGGAUAAUAUGUUGGAAAAAUACCCGUCGUAUGAGAUCGAUUGGGCAGCUAUCUAGUGUAGUCGUUUAUUUGUGUAUGUAAGUUACAACCGCCACUGAUAUUUGGAGACGUGGCGGUGUUUAUUAGGGUAUGUUUGUAAUUUUGUAGUGGUUAUGAGGUUAUGUUUGUAAUUUAGCUGAUAGUGGGAGCUACUUGCAAUGGAGUUUUUGAAUGUUGCAGAGCUCAAUACUUAUUAUGUCUAGUGGGUACUUUUGUCAUUAUGUAAUUUUAUUUUUUGUUUUAAUUUAUAUUUUUCUUUUCGUGUCAA